AUGAUCGCGAAGUCGUUGUCGUCGAAGAGCGUCAGAGUGUCAAUGUGUACCAGGUGGAAGCAGGAUUCUGAUCGCGAAAUGGUGCACACAGCAAUACAGCAGCCGGGAUUCCUUCGAGUGAAGAGGGGAUAUAAACCAUUAAAAGUUGAAAAUCUUGUGAAAAAUAUACAACCCCACAGAGACCCCUCAGAUCCGUACUUUCCUUUCCAAUGGUAUUUAAAAAAUACAGGGCAGAAUGGAGGAAAAGCGAAAUUGGAUUUGAACGUAGAAGCAGCUUGGGCACAAGGUGUGACUGGAAAGAACAUCACCACGGCGAUUAUGGAUGAUGGUGUCGAUUACAUGCACCCCGACUUAAAAUUUAACUACAACGCUAAAGCCAGUUACGAUUUCAGCAGUAACGACCCAUUUCCAUACCCCCGCUACACAGACGACUGGUUUAACAGCCAUGGGACCAGAUGUGCAGGAGAGGUAGCAGCCGCCCGAGAUAAUGGAAUAUGCGGAGUUGGCGUGGCCUACGAUUCAAAAAUUGCAGGAAUUCGCAUGUUGGACCAACCGUACAUGACGGAUCUGAUAGAGGCCAAUUCCAUGGGUCACGAACCCAACCUUAUAGAUAUCUACAGUGCCUCGUGGGGACCCACCGAUGACGGGAAGACAGUUGACGGUCCAAGGAACGCCACGAUGAGAGCGAUCGUUAGAGGUGUUAACGAGGGGCGCAACGGCCUGGGGAACAUCUACGUAUGGGCGAGCGGUGACGGCGGAGAGGACGACGACUGCAACUGCGAUGGGUACGCGGCCAGCAUGUGGACGAUAAGCAUAAACAGCGCCAUUAAUGACGGACAGAACGCACACUAUGACGAAAGCUGUUCCUCGACUCUGGCGUCAACUUUCAGCAAUGGUGCCAAGGAUCCCAAUACCGGCGUUGCCACCACCGAUCUAUAUGGUAAAUGCACAACGACACACUCGGGAACGUCUGCAGCCGCUCCAGAGGCAGCAGGUGUUUUCGCGCUGGCGUUGGAAGCGAAUAAUAAAUUAUCCUGGAGAGAUGUUCAGCAUCUCACCGUGUUGACGUCAAAGAGAAAUUCGCUGUUCGACGCCAAGGGACGUUUUCAUUGGACGAUGAACGGCGUGGGGCUGGAGUUCAACCAUUUGUUCGGAUUUGGAGUCCUAGACGCAGGGGCCAUGGUGGCGUUGGCCAAGCUGUGGAAAACGGUACCGCCGAGGUAUCACUGUGAAGCGGGGACCGUCUCUGAAGUACAAAAAAUUCUUUCGAACAAAUCUCUAACCUUAAAAAUCACGACCAACUCCUGCCAGGGAGAAAAUACUGAAGUUCGAUAUUUGGAACAUGUACAAGCGGUGUUAACGUUGAAUGCUAGCCGCAGGGGCGACGUCGAGCUAUUUUUAACUUCUCCAAUGGGCACCAGGUCUAUGAUACUUAGUAGAAGGCAAAAUGAUGACGAUUCUCGUGAUGGUUUCUCAAAGUGGCCUUUCAUGACCACACAUACAUGGGGAGAGUACCCGCAGGGUACAUGGUUACUUGAGGCGAAGUUCAACUCGCAAAUUCCACAAACUGGAUUUGUGAAAGAGUGGACUUUAAUGCUGCAUGGAACACGGGACCCCCCUUAUACAGAACUUCCAGUGUUAGAUCCACAUUCUAAACUGGCUAUUGUAAAAAAAGCUCAUGAAAGUCGAAGUAAGAUGUAAUGAAAGUUAAGAUUUCUCUCUUUAGUUAACUUAUUUCCUUUACAUAAAUCCCAUAUCGAAAAUUGAUAAAGUUUAUUUAUCUUACAUAUAUUUUUUUAAAUUCGUUAUCUGCAUCACGCACAUUAUAUUUUGCAUUAUAAUUUUUAAAUUAAAAUAUAUUAAAGUGUUUAAAAAUACUAAGAAAAAAGAAUAGCUAUUUCUAUUGAACUUAAUUGCAUAUUAAAAUUUUUAAAUUCAUUUUUACAUUUUUUCCCCAUUUCAGUAGGUCAUUACAUUAUUAUUAUUAUUUUCCUUUAUUAGAUAUUUUACCAAUGUAAUAUAUACUGUGUCCCUAAAAUUACGCAUAAACCUUAUCAAAAUAAGGUUCAGGCAAUUUUUUUGUGGGUAUAAGACUUAGACAAGUUCUUAUUUGAAACCCUGCAUAGAAGUCAUUGACGUUUUUAGAAUUUUUUUCAGUUUCAAAAUAAGUUUUUUUAAUAAUUACAUAUUUUAUGCAUUUACAUGGCAACGGUAAGAUAAUAUUUAUUAAAAUACUGAAUGACUCAGAAAAAUGUCCUAAUUUUUAAACAGGAUCGAACAGUUAAAAUAGUUCUGAAGGAAAAUGUACACUAGGUUAAUUUUCCUUUAAAAUUUUUUAAAGUAGAUGCAUCCAAGUGUUUUCCCGAAAACAAAUAUUGCAUAUUGAAGUUAUGUGUUACUUUACAGGCACAGUGUAUACAUUUCCAAUAUCAAGUCAAAUGUACAAGUGAUUACUACUAAAAAUAAGAGAGUCCUAUCCUACUUUUUUUAAUAAAUACUCCGUAAUUAAAUUUUAUUACCAAUAUCUAUUUCAUUAAAAAUCAUAGUUUUGUGAUGAUCCUAACAUUUUUGUAUAAUUUGAAAAUUUAUACUUCCACAUAAUGUACCUGUUUGUCAUAUUAUUAAAUUUUUGCCUUGAGGUAUGACUAUUAAAAUCUGAAAGUUUACUUGAUAACAUAACUAUGAAAUGUAAACCGUUAGAAGUAGAAAGUCUUCAUAUUUAGAACUCCUUUCUGAAUUUACUGCUAGAUAUGGGAAAAUAUCUUUAAUUUUUCGUAGACUGUAGAUGAAGAAAUUGUACCACCACACAAAAAAUAUAAUCAAAUACUAACAACAUUAUUGAAACAUUAAAAUUUUAACUGUGGAUCUGAACCUUUUGCUUAAAAGGAAAAACGUAAUGUUUCUUUUAAACAAUAGGGCAAUACAAACAGUCAGGUCAAAAUGUAUAAAUAUACGCAUGUGAUUACUUAAAUAGUCAUUAAAGUACCUAUAAUGUUAUUAUAUUUUACUUCAUUAAAAAUUGUAAAUUGAGAAAUUAAAUUUUAUAAUAAAAAUGUUAAUUUAAUUAUUUUUAUUGUUAUUUUCACCUCUAGUCUGAGAAUAUUAUAAAUGACCAGUUUUGUACAAAAUAAUAAUGAACUAUUUUUGAAAAAUCUUUUACAAG